AUGCCAGUAAACGAUCACGAGCCAAAGCAGUUGAGCUUGAUUCCUCACCUGGCGCUCAAGAGGUCGCAACACGAAAUGAUACAGAACCAUAAGGCUCCGCCUCUUACGCCCGUGCCCAUGGAGCCAUUGCGUUGGUCAUCGGCGUCAUUUUCGCUGUCAUUUUUGAACAAUAUCGAUCGUUUAGAGAUCAAUGAGACUGUCGUGCGCGAUGGCGUGACCUACUAUGUACUGGAUGUGUACCAAUUCCACUAUGGUUCACGGUUGCCUACGAACGUUAACAACCCACGCAUGGCUGCCUCCCGUCUAUCGAGCACUAGUGAACCGUGCAAACCCGACUUUCGCGUAGAACGACGCUACUCGGAUUUUACGAAGCUACGACACCAGAUCAAGCUUUGGACGUGUCAUGAUGCGCAGUAUGCGUGCAAGUAUUGCUACGAUUUCUGCCACUACAUCCGGUUUAAAUUACGUCAGCCACGAAUGCUCACGUCAUUCGGCCAGAACGUGGAGAAACGUAAAGACAUUUUACGAGAUUUCAUGACUGACUUUGUCGAACUCGCGCAGAAUCCAUUGAAGAACACGAUGCAUCGAUGCGAGGCCAAUCGGCAUGUGCCCAUUCUGCUUGAGUCGUUCCUCCGGGAUUGA